GGAUAUUGACUGCAAUUAAAUAAAUAAAUGUGCUAGAAAAAUGCCAAUUAUUGUUAAAGAUUUCACGUGGACACAAACAGCCCAAGCGUUGAACAUAAGAAUUCCAAUCAGCCCGGUAAAACAUGAAAAAGUUGAUAUUUUCACCACUGACUCUUACAUAAAAGCGAACUACAACCCUUUUCUCUUCGAAAUAUUUUUAUUACACGACGUGGACAGCUCUAAAGGUAAAUGUGUCGUUCAGGAAGAUAUGAUCGUUAUUGAUUUGGUCAAAAGGGAGCAAGUUGAAUGGGAAAGCCUAGAGAAAGAGCUCACUAAAGAAGAAAAAAUGAAACUGAAGCAAGAAAUCCUGGAAGAAUGCCAAGAAAAAGCUAAGCAAGAGUCUGAAGACAAGAGGAUUAAAAAGAGUCAGUUAGAUCGUUUCACUGUUCAACGGGCUAUGGAAAUUGAUGAGAAGCAACAUAAAUUGAUGGAUUCCAGAAGAGACGAGCAGAGGAAGCAAGCUAUGAACGCUUUGGAAGACUGGAGGGUGACCAAUGUAAAUAAAGACAGUAUUCCAAAUCAGAAAGAACUGCCGAUACCUUAUAGAAUCUUAGAUACUCAUCAUAAAACUAAAUCUGGGGUUAAAAUAGUUGAAUUGCCUGACAAUGACGUGGAUGAUAAAGAAAAGAACAUUACGAAAGACUCGAACUUAGCUAAACAACAAAAAAUAGCGCCUAGACCUCCACCUAAAGCUCUUGUUAAAUCAGAGUAUGUUGAGAAGAAAAAGAAAGAGGCAUCAGUUAGGGUGCUACCGCGGCUCAGGGAAACAGCUCAGCUGGAAGUCACUCACACGCCAAGAACAUUCCCUACUCCUAGCAGGGAGUCGACAGCACAGGAAGAGGAGGCGUGGAUUAAAAAUAUAACAUUAGCAAGAAGAGCAACAGGCUUCGUAUCCGAAGACCUUCGGCCCGAGGAGCAGGACCCGCAGUGGUGCAAAGAGAAGGGCGACGAGUUCUUCCGCAGCGGCAACUUUCUGGGCGCCAUUAGCGCGUACACCCACGGCAUCAGGCUCUCCGACAAGUUGCCGAGCUUGUUCGCCAACAGGGCCGCCACGCAUUUCGCUCUCGGCAAUUUCAAUAAAUGUAUAAACGACUGCUCGACAGCACUGGAUUUGAUGAAGCCAGCAUGCGAGGGCAAUCGCCGCAGCCGCGCCAAGUGCAUCGCGAGGCGCGCGGCGGCGCUGGCGCGCGUCGGUUGGCUCAACAAAGCUAUUGAUGAGAUGAAGGCCGCUUCCAAGCUGCUGCCCGAUGAUGAGAAGAUAAAGAAGGACGUGUACGACAUGGAACGCGCGUGGGAGCAGAAUCCAGACUCGGAUUAAUGAUAAAACUCGG